UCAAUGAUGUUAUCGAGAUUGUCAUACAAGAUGCCCAUCGUCUCUCUAUGGCUGUAAAAGAAGAUUUUAUGCCACUGCAGGGUCGCAACCUCAGUAAUUUAGUUGGUAUCGUUGAGAGAAACGUGAACAACAACUUUAGAAACUCAACGUCUAAGCCAUAUUUUUCCUUUCCCUUCUGUGCUGGAGCACCUGGAAUCGGUAAAACUCGGAUGGGCCAGGAACUAUUCAAAUACAUUAAAGAAGUUUGGGUCCCCCCUCAUUGGCAAAAACCGAUAGUGCAUUUUGAAUACAUUCGUAUGGACUUCGGUAACGGAAUCCAGCUCGACACAUAUGACAUGGAUCUAUCUGCGACAGUCAUCAUUGGGUUACGGAUCGCUUACGUUUUCUUUAUCGAAGGCAAAUACGAUAUGCAAUUUGUAACGUUUCGUGAUCGAGUCAUGAGAUAUGUGGAUAUGUUCAAAAUCGCCAAUGUUUUUGAAAGCAUUCGGGACAAGCUAAGCCUCAAAACCGCCCAUCAGCUUUUCGUUUUUCUCCAUGUUGACGAGUUUCAGCUUGUCGACCGGUGGGACGGAGAAAUUGUUAAUUAUAGGAAGCCGGCUAAAGAUCUUUUUAAGAACAUGAUCAACAAUCUUGCACCAUUCUUGUAUGGUCCACCUACUACCACCUUUGUCCAAACAUUCCUCUCGGGGACGGCACCCCAAGUUGUUAUAGCAGCCAAAGAAACAUCAAGAGUCUCAUUCGAUUUUGUCCCGUGUCUACAACUCUUAUUCCAAGAAAUGAUCAAGAUUGUGGAUCAUUAUUCGGAGAGAUUCGGUGCAAGAAAACUUGCCGGUAGCAAUAUAUAUUAA